AUGGGCGGAGGAAAUAAAAUCAAGUCGGUGGCGGUCAUUGGCGCGGGAGCUGCAGGAGCGGUAACGGCGGCGGCGCUGAAAGCCGAGGAAGUGUUUGACUAUAUCCGAGUCUUCGAGAGACGAGAGUCUGCAGGGGGAACAUGGAUAUACGAUGCAGCGGUUCAGCCCAAUAUCCUCGUCAGACCUGGGGCCUUGCCGGCCGAGACCGAUCCUCCUCUCGAGAUCCCCCAGCAUCUCCCUGCAAUUACUCAGCCCAACGAGCAAGAGAGAUUCUCCAAAACACCAAUCUACAGCUCACUAACUACAAAUGUGCCGGAGAUUGCCAUGUCAUUCUCAGACAUUCGCUUCCCAUAUGGCCCAUUUGCACCUCACCACAUCCCUCGCCAAUACAUUGAAAACUACUUUGCACUGCACAAGACGGAUUCCUUCCUAGUUCUCAACACGACUGUCGAAGAUGUUUCCAAGCUCAACCACCCUUCCAAUGACGGCUCAACACAGUGGAAGCUGACCCUCCGGAAACACGAUGCCCUUCGUAACGUCGACAUCUGGUGGGAGGAGACAUUUGAUGCCCUGAUCCUGGCAAAUGGCCACUACUCUGUGCCGACUAUACCCCAAGUCAAGGGCCUGGAGGAAUACAUCCAAAAGUAUCCCGGCCGCAUAAUCCACUCCAAAACAUAUAGAUCGCCCAGCAUCUACAAGAACAAUCGAGUGCUCAUCAUCGGCAACUCAGCAUCCGGAACAGAUCUCAGCCGUGAGCUCGUUUCAACAGCCCAGCUCCCCGUCUACCAAUCAAGGAGAUCCAAAAUCUGGUGGGAGGGAGACUCGCCCCCAGCAGGCAUCGAAUGGAAGCCCGUGAUAUCAGAAUAUCUCCCCAACAACGGCAGGAUCCUCUUUGAAGACGGCACAUACCUGGACGACAUCGACACAGUCAUCUACUGCACUGGUUACAAGCCAUCCUAUCCGUUUUGGAACGCAAAGAAGAACGGCCAGCCUCUCUGGGACGACAGAAAAGGACAGCUGGUGAAAAGCUAUUGGCACACAUUCUUCCAAGAGUACUCAAACCUCGGAAUCGUGGGCUUGCCCCGCGUCUUGACAUUCCGAAGCUUCGAGUAUCAAGCCAUUGCUCUCGCCCGCCUAUUUGCAAACCGCAACCCAGUCCCUCUACCUCCGGUAUCAGAGCAGCAAGCCUGGGCAGACGCAAGAGAAGAGCUUACACGAAGAGAGCAUCGCAAGUUCCACGACAUUUCAUGGGACGAUGGCGAAACGCGCGAAUGGCUGCAAGGCUUCCUCAAGCUGUCUGGGCUGGGGACCCUGACUGGCCAAGGAAGGAUCCCACCGCCGCUGACAAAGGAGAUGAUCUGGGCUAUUGAGAACCUCAAGAAAUACAAACCAGGGGGUGAUGAUGGCAGGAAGGACGCGGACGGCCAACGAGCAGACAACCAUGGCUGGGUUGUUGUUGAGAGUAGAAAGCGGGAUGUUCUCGGUUUCAUCUGA